CCCUCUCUGGCCAGUUUAGCCCAGGCUGGCCAUGGUCCCCCCACAGCACCACUCCCCAGACGGAUGCUCUGGCACCCCCCGGCUCCUGGCGUGAGCAGCUGCAGGCAUAUGCAUUUGCCUUAGUCCAGAGGGCAAUGUCUGUGCUGUUACAAACUGGUUCAACCUAGGCAGGUUAGACUGACCUGCAAAGGUUGAAUAACUCAGGCUCCAGCUUUUUGAAUGUCUGUCCCUAGCCCUAGAAAUCUUUUCCAAUGGCACCCAGGAAAAAUAUGGAAUGAAAAUUAAAAUGAUCUAAUCAUAGAAAAGCAAGUAUAUAUCAGAGCAUCCUCAUGCCUCCAAAUAUGCUUAGCUUCAAGAAGCCAAGGCAGUAAAUUCCAUGUUCUUAGGCCAAAAAUAUUUUAGAACUAAAAUCACUGUUGCAAUUUAAUCUCUAACUAUCUACUGGAAAUGAAUAAUGUGGCCGUAUGUAGGUGUUAGCUGAUGAUACCAUUAACAGUGGUUCUCUCAUCAGAGGGGCAAAGUCAAGCUAUUCUACCUACUUCUCCAGGCCUAGUGAACACUUUAUGUACACACCAAACCCAGUUCUUCAAUGCACUGUUCCUCUAACUACCCCUGUGGAUUUGAAAAGUCCUAGCACCCUUAUUUUCAGGAUGAGGUUGUACAGGGAAUAGAAACCCAAUCCAUAAACCCCAGAUCAGCCAUCUUGCCACUGAGGCAUUUUUCUUCUUUUCUUUGGGUAGAUCAUAAGAACUGAGCUAACUCCACAUCUGUCACAGCAGAUAGGAGAGAACUAUACUGGUGUGGUUAUGGGGAAGUUUGAUCUGUUGCUCUCAUUGAUGCCAUUCUACCUACAUAGCUUCAGAGAGGAUGUCAGUCUUCAGGACUGUCAGUCAGCUCUAGGAACCAGAUUAUCUUAUCUUGGAACUCUUAAUAAUACACAAUUUGUUUAGCCACAGCGAGGCUUUGAAGCAGCAGCCUUGUGCAAUAGAAAUGAGGAAGUAUACCAAGCGGUCUCAAUAUGGUGUGUCACAAGAUUGUGUAACCUAUAUUCCCCACCCUCAGUACAUUAUUACCAGUAAAGUAGGCUGCUUUUAAAAACAAUGAUUUCAUUCAUUUCUCUUUGCUGAUUGGCUGGCUAAAUUAAGAAACACAAGCAUAUUCCUUUAAAUGCAGUACCGAUAAUGACUGUCUCUAAAGAGUGGUAGAAAACUGUCUCCCAAAGAACCUCUGGGAGAUAAUGAGAUUCGAGAAAUUACUAUAGCCUUGGUCUACAAGGAAGGAAAGAAGAGCAAACCUGAAAUCACUAACUGGUGAUGCUACACAUGGAGGAACUGUGAGGGCAAAUGAUACAAAAGGACUUCAAAAAUUAGCAAUGGAAUAAAACAAUGCAGCGGGAAAGAUGCUAAAUGUAUGCAAUUUUCCCCUCUCAAAAGGUAUUUGCUAAACAUUGGAAGCUUGAAGCUGAAGGAAUUCAUUUGCACCCAUUCUAUCUUCCAGAAGAUGAUUACGCUUAGAAAAAAGCUAACAGUUGUGGGUGAUGUUGCCUGUGGCAAGACAUGCCUCUUGCUCGCUUUCUGCCAGGAGCAGUUUCCCAAAUAUUAUGAGCCAACAGUGUUUGAAAACUAUGUCACUGACAUUGAAGUUGAGGGAAAGCCGGUGAAGCUGAUGCUCUUUGAUGUGGCAGGGCAGCGACAAAUCAAUGUCCAGCACAUCCGCUCCUUGUUCUAUCAAGACACUGAUGUCAUCUUAAUGUGCUUCUCAGUGGACAAUCCAAAUUCACUGCAGAAUAUCCUUGAUAUUUGGGUUCCAGAAGUCAGACAUUUCUGCCCCACAACACCCAUUGUCUUGGUGGCUACUAAGAAAGAACUAAGAAAUGAUGAGAGUGUCCAGAAAAGACUUGCCGUGAUGAGACAAGAGCCGAUUAGGUCUGCGGAAGGAAAGGCCUUGGCUGCUAGCAUUGGGGCAUAUGCCUACUUGGAGUGCUCUGCAAAGACAAAAGAAGGAGUUGAGAGACUCUUGGAAGUAAUUGGCCAAGCUGCAACACAGGAUGGAGCAAAGGCAACAAGAACACAGUGUACAUCCUGUGAAGUGCUAUGAGAAAAGCAAAAGUUAUUUUGCUCUUUAACCUUUUGAAGUGAAAAGUAUUUGUGGACAAAACAAUGAAGUAAAGAGAAAGCCAGAGACCAUGACAUCAAUUAGGCAGAGCAAGAUGGAGACAUCUCAGCAGGAACCACUGUCAAGAAGCCAGUGCAGAUGAACUGUAGUGGCAGGAUGCAGCUGGUGUUGGAUGCCUUCAUGCAUGCCUCCUCACUAUCAAGGAUGCAUGAAGACCUUUGCUGUCAGUCCUGGAAAUAGAGACUUGGGUUCUGGCUACAGAGGUAAAGGCUCUAUACAGGAUGAGUUGAAUGGAAAGCGGUACUUCAAUAAAUACCUUAAAA